GGCCCCGCACCCCCACCCCGACGGGGACGGUCACCGGGCAUCUCGCCGCGGUCAUUCUCUCUGGCCACCUCCCCGGCCUUGGACAGGGAGAGCACUGCCCUUCCUCUCUCUCCUCUGCAGAGGCCUGCGAUGACCCUCCUCGGUCCCAGAGCAUGAUGAUCAGUGGGACCGCUAAGCCCACGUACGCGCCCGGAGACAGAGUGGACUACACGUGUCGCCCCGGCUACAGGCGUCUGUCCAGCCGCCCCAUCCAGGUUGUCUGUCAGAAGGACGACACGUGGACACCCCUCCAGGGUGUGUGCGCCAAGAAAAAAUGUCCCCUUCUGGGAGAACCCAGCAACGGGAGGGUGAACUACGUCAAUGGGUCUGUCGUGUUCGGGUCCGAGGCGCACAUCACCUGCGACAAGGGUUUCCACACGAUUGGAACAAAGAUUCUGUAUUGUGAACUUGCUGGAAACGACGUGGCCUGGAGCGAUACUGUCCCGAAUUGCAUCAAGGUCAAGUGUGCGAAGCCCGCGCAGAUUCCCAACGGCAGAUUCACCAACAGUUACAAGGACACUUUCGAGUACAGUGAGGUGGUGACAUACAGCUGUGACCCGUCCACCGGCCCAGACCCCUACUCCCUGGUCGGGCAGAGGCAGCUCAUAUGCUCAGCAGGCGGGAACUGGAGCGCUGAGCCUCCCGAGUGCAAAGUGGUCAGGUGCCCGUAUCCUGUGGUUGAAAACGGCAGGCCCAUAACAGCCAUUGGGAAAAGAUUCUACUACGCGGCCACCGUGCAGUUUGAGUGCCUGGAUGGCUUCUACCUCCGCGGCCAGAGCACCGUGUCCUGCGGACCUAACAGCUCCUGGCUGCCGGGCUUGCCCACCUGCGCGAGAGAUGUCUGUGGUGAUCCCCCCAGAUCUUACGCUAUGCAGAUCAAAGGUUCCCCUAAAGCUGUGUACAUGCCCGGAGACAGAGUGGAGUACGUCUGCCGUCCAGGAUACAGGCUCGUGCCUGGACAGUCCGCUGCCGCCGUCUGCAGGGUGGACAGCACGUGGACCCCUCUCCAGAACGCCUGUGUCAAAAAAAAAUGCCCUACUCUAAGAGACCCCAACAAUGGAAGGGUGAAAUAUGUCAGUGGGGCUGGGGAGCUCGGGUCCGAGGUCCGCAUCACCUGCAACAACGGUUACCGCUUGGCUGGCGGCGACAGCAAGCUCUACUGCGAACUCUUUGGGGCGAAUGUGAUGUGGACUCAGCCCUUCCCACAGUGCGACAAGAUUAAGUGUGCAGCACCUGCUCAAAUCCCAAAUGGGAAAUUCACCUACAGCUACAAGGACACCUUUGAGUUUAAUGACGUUGUGACUUACUCUUGUGACACUUCGAACGGCCCAGACCCGUAUUCGCUGGUCGGCGAGAACAAGCUCACGUGCUCUGCCAGUGGAGAGUGGGACCGGGAGCCUCCUGAGUGCACAGUGGUCAGGUGCCCGUAUCCUGUGGUUGAAAACGGCAGGCCCAUAACAGCCAUUGGGAAAAGAUUCUACUACGCGGCCACCGUGCAGUUUGAGUGCCUGGAUGGCUUCUACCUCCGCGGCCAGAGCACCAUGUCCUGCGGACCUAACAGCUCCUGGCUGCCAGGCUUGCCCACCUGCGCGAGAGAUGCCGACACGACUCCUGCAGCCAGGCCUUCAGAGACCAGCCGCCCAGGAAUUUCCACACCCAGUUCUGAAUCUUCACCACUUCAGACCUCUGAAACCAUAGGUGUGGGACUCAUUUCCCUGAUUGUUCUGAACGUGUGGAGACAGCGGCCACUGCAGACUUUCCCGAGGACACAGCUUCCACCUGAGAAGACCCUCCCCUCCGAGGGGCCCCUGACCAGGGCGUCUGUUUCUCUGGACCCUGGGAAAGCGGUCACGACUCAGUCAGCCAGCAGGCGUCACUCCCCCAGGAAUAAAGCCGGAAGUUAGUUGCUGUCUCGCA